AAAACCCCCAACACAAAACCCUACUUCAAUCAAUGCUUAUUCUUUUCCGGCGAACCACCACCACCACCUCAUAUUUCCGGCUGGCAAGACCCAUUUCGACAGCACUCUCAACCACCAUCUCACCACCACAAACCACCACAUCACAACCCUUAACAAAACCCCAAUUCAAAACCCUAGUCUUAUCUCAAUACCACCAUAACAAAUUCAUAAAUCUUCUUCAAAAUGUCAUCUCUUCGCCGGCUGUCCUCCUCACCGCCGUCCACAACCUCACCAUUUCUCCGGCGCCACCACUUUCUGUUGAUUCACUACAUACCCAUUUCUUUUCAGUCACUAAAAUGGCCCAAGAACUCACCGAAAACCGGUUCGAUAUCGAAUCUUGCUUGCUUCCGGUGGAAAAUAACAAUAAUAAAGGUAAACCCUUUUCUCAAUUUUCUCAGUUUGAUUCAUUUUCACUUGUUUUGCCUAAUUUGAAGUUGAAAGUUUUGAUUGAAUCAAUUAGGAUGGUGUUAGAAGUAAUAUAUGAUGAUCGUUUCGCGACGUUUAGUUACGGUGGGCGGGUCGGUAUGGGUAGACAUACCGCUAUUCGGUAUUUAAAGAGCAAUGUAGAGAACCCCUCCUGGUGGUUUAGUGUAAAGUUUGAAAAAGAUAGGAUCUUUGGAUUAGAGAAUGUGAAUAAGUUGUGUUCAGUUAUUAGUGAAAAGAUUAAAGAUGAGAAAUUUAUUGGUUUGGUUAGGAAAUUGGUUGAAUCAGAAGUCGCCCGGAUUGAAUUGGGUGGAUGUUGUUUAGGGAAAGGGCUGCCUCAAGAAUGUGGGUUGAAUUCGAUAUUGAUUAACGUUUACUUGAACGUGUUUGAUCAAAAGUUGCAAGAGUUACGGCUUAUGAUUAAUAAGGAAAAUGUGAAAAGUAGGCUAGAUGAGGGGAACGGUGAUGAUGGUGAUCGUGUUUUUUAUAAACCAUUGAAGGUGUAUGCUGUUAGGUACUUGGAUGAGAUACUUGUGAUUACAUCAGGGUCGAAGGGUUUGACUGUAAAGUUGAAGAAUUUAGUUGUACAGUUUCUUGAAAAGAAUUUGGUGUUGGCGGUUGAUAAAGAGAAAACCGUUGUACAUAGUGCGGUUUCUGAGGAAGUUCAUUUUUUGGGUAUGGAUAUUCGGGCAGUAACACCGUCUGUUUUGCAUCCUCCAAUGUCUGAGAAGGCGAUUAGGGCGAGAAAGAAGUACUUGAGACAGAAAGAAGUAAGGCUUCAAGAACUUAAAAAUAGGAGGGAGACGAACAGGAAGAAACUUGCUAUGAAAAUCUUUAGUCAUGUUCAUAAGAAGUUGAAGACAAGCAACGGGUUCAAGUUUGAUUUCCAAAUUGAAAAUGAGGUGAGGGAGAUUUUUAAAACUUGGGGCCGUGAAGUGGUUGAUGAGUUUUUGGAGUCGAUAGAGGAGCGUGCCGCCUGGUAUCGUAAGCUUUCCGGUGGAGAUUUUUUAUCUUUGAAAAGAAUUAGAGAUCAACUUCCUCCGGAACUUGUUGAGUCUUAUGACAAAUUCCAAGAGCAAGUGGACAAGUAUUUGAAGCCGAUGAAAGCUAGAAAAGAGUUGGAGGAAAGAAAAAGGAAGGUGGAAGAAGAGGAGGAACAGAAAUACACAGAAAGAACGGUCAAAGAUUUGACCCAACUAUGUAUAAAAGUUGAUACACCUGAACAACUUGUCAGAAAAACAGUUAGGUUAGCUGGGUUCACUAAUAACAUGGGUCGUCCAAGGCCAAUCAGUGCACUCAUGGCUCUUGAAGAUGUUGACAUUAUUAAAUGGUACACGGGUGUGGGAAAAAGAUGGCUUGAUUACUUCUGUUGUUCUCACAACUUUAAGAUUGUAAAAACCGUUGUAAGUUAUCAUUUGAGGUUCUCUUGUAUAUUGACUUUAGCAGAAAAACAUGAAUCGACUAAACGUGAAGCUAUGAAACAUUACACUAAAGAUUUGAGAGUUUUUGAUGUUGAUGGAAAUGAGGAGUUUCAUUUUCCUACCGAAAGGGAAAUCAAGAUGAUGGGUGAUAAAAGUCUUGCAGACCCAAAGCCCGUUGAUGGAACUUUGACGAUGAUAUUAAUAAGAUUGGCUUCUGAGGAGAACUUGUAUCGAUGUGGUGCUCAUUUCUGUCAAAGAUCUGAUACAACUGUGUAUCGUAUACGGUUGUUGCAAAAAGAUUUGAACUUGAAUUUGUCAGAUGUGAAAUCAUGGGUUUCCGGGAUGGGUGGUGUUCAUGGGUAUUUUGACAGGAAGUGUGUUCCUUUAUGUCUGGACCAUAUAAGUCAGCUUUAUAUUGGGGCACUCACACUUCAAGAUGUUGAUUAUUCGAGUUUACUACAUAUUUGACUGCAGAUUUGAGAAUAGAAAUGGAAGGCACUUGAUAUCGUGAGUAUUCAGCCACAACUUUUCGAGUGUGAAACUGAACAGGUUGGUGUCCCCAUAUGCGCUAAAAAUAUUGUGGAAUCCCGUUUGCUGAUAAGCAAAUAAGACAUGGCUGAAGAACCUCAAUAUUCUUAUUCAGAUCAACCUGAUGUUGGUAGUCAGAGUCGAGAAAUGACGUAGACUACAUCGUUGCCAUUAUAGUUGAUGGGUCCAGGAAUCGGGAAUCUGAAGACGAAUUAUGUAAGAGGCAUGGAAAAGAUAGUUGAAAAGUUAUGUUUGACUUUCAUAUAAAUUGGUUUGACCCGACAAUUCAAAAAGACUCAUGACCCAUAAAUUCAUAUUGUAGAUGUAUUCAAAUAUAACUUUUCAAUAGUUUUAUAACGGAUAUAAACAUAUCUAUCUUUGUUCA